GUUUUCUUGUUUAAAUUUUCGGCAGUUGCUAAGCGAUAAAUGUUUGUUAUUAGUUUUAUUUUUUUUUAAAAAAAGUUUGCUUUCUUUCCGUUUAUUUGAUGUCGCGUGUAAGAUAAUUAUGUAAGAAAAAUGAGCAUUCAAUGGAAGAACUUUACAUUUUCUGAAGCUUACAUCAAUGAAUAUCAAAAACUUGAUCUUAUUUACAAGAUUCAAACCUUAGAUGGCAUUUAUUAUGAGUCUGAACAUCUAAAAUCAUCAGUCACCCAUCUAAUAGCUGUUGAACCAAGUUUAACACCUAAAUACUUAUCAGCAUGUGCAGCAGGUAUUUGGAUAUUAAAGCCUCAAUAUGUACAUGACAGUUUUGAAACAGGAAUUUGGUUAAAGGAAAAAAAAUAUGAAUGGAAUGAGAAAAGUUAUGUUGAAAAUAAAAAUAUUUCUUUGAAUUUAUAUUCUGCACCCAAACUGUGUAGAAAAACAGCUCAAUUACAGGAUGCAGGAAUGUUUAACAAUUGGAAAGUAAUCAUUUUAUUAUCAAAUAAUAAAAAGAAAAAGAUAUAUUCCAGGAUAUUGAAACAAGGAGGAGCAAGAGUUUUUAAAUACAAACAACCAAUAACAGAUAUGAAUUCCUUUACUAGUGAACUGACUCAUGUUAUUUUGGAGAAAGAAAAUGAAUGUGAUGCCAAAGAAUUCCUGAAAUGCAACAUUCUUUGUGUUACUCCUGAAUACAUUCAUAACUACUUGCUUCUGGAACCUAAACCCGAUCCAUGGAUUUUUCAUAUAAAAAAUUACGAAUCAUCUUUAAAUUAUUUUAAUACAUAUUGGAAUAAGAAAUUAUCUUUUGAAGAAACUAAUUUUAAAAAUUGCACAGAUAAAAAAUUAGUACCAUUAAUUGAAAAGUUAAAAAAUUUUGAAUCAUCUACUUCAUGUCAUCAUCAAAAAUAUCAUUCUUUAAAAAAUAUUAGUGGUGGUAAUUUUGAAAGAUAUUGCAAGAAUAAUAAAUUUGCUAAAAGUAAAUACUUUACAAAAAGUAUAAAAACUAAUUCUAGCCAAAUUUAUCCAAUUAGCAGGAAAAAACUUUGUAAAAUAAAUUUUAAAAGUUUAAAUAUGAAAAAAACAACACAGACAAAAAUGACAAAAUUUUUAAAAUAUGAAAAAAUAAAUGAAGCAAAAGAACCAAAAACUGUUGAAACGAAUCUAUCUGAUGAUGAUAAACUAACUGAAAACCCAGUGCCUUCUGAUCAAAUAACUAAAAGUAUUAAACUUCGUAAAUCAAUCAUAACUUCAUUAGAAGAUUUAAAUUCCAUUUCAUUUUCAUCAUCAUCAGAUUUUGAAGAUGAAACAAACAGUCCAUCAACUCUGAAAAACUCAAGAUUAAAUUUAUGGGAGUUUUAUUUAAAACGAACUCCUUGCACAAUGCCUUUAAUUUAUCCAUACAAGAGUGAAAGGGAAAUAUGUGAGGAAAUUGCAUCUAAAGGAAAAUUACAGUAUUUUCAAGAAAAUGAAGAAGAAUCAAGUUUACAAAUUCCAUCCAUUUUUACUUCUUCAAUAAAAGAGGAAGAAUAUGCAGAAGCUAUAUAUUUUGCAAAUUGUCUACUCUCUUUAGAAACAUAUCCAUCAUAUCAAAUAUUAAAUGUUAUAAUAAUUGAAAUAUUACAGAAAGCUGAAGAUCCACACCUUGCAAAUAAAGCUUAUUCAUUUCUUUGUGAAGUUUUAUGUCUUCAUCCUCCAAUUAAUAAAAACAGUAGACAAUAUUACAUGAAAGCAUUAUUUUAUGAGAAUGAAAAUUCAGCUUGGAAUUCUUUGGAAGAAGUCAUUGAUGGGAGCAUUUUAACAACAACAAAUGAUUUCGCAGUGAUUCCUCAAUCUGUGAAAAAUAAUCAGUUGUUGUUUAAUUUUAUUUUGAGUGUUUUAGAAGAAGAUAUGCAGAAUUUUUUAAAAAGUUCAUCUUGUCCUCCCAAAGAUAUAAGAAUGCAUUGUACUUCUCCAUUGAUUGUUAAUAUUUUUUGGCCAAGAGCUGAAGUGGGUGCUGUAAAUCAUAAUUGCAAUGGAUUAUUUUCAUUACUUGUUAAGUUGCUAUCAAGCANGAGAUAG